AUGUAUGGCAUCCAGCAUGCCUUGAUUCAGGUGCCAUUCUUGACUGGGAAUCAGUAUGAGUACUUCCCCAUCAUCGCAACCUUCAUCGCCGGGUAUGGUGUCAUCGUCUUGGAGGAGCAAACAGAGAUCAACAAGGCCGCUACUGCCCUUGUGUUGGGCGUACUUGUGUGGGCUUUGGUGGGAACCGGCGUUGAUAUGUCUGCCGCGAAUUUUGACACGGCCAUCAAGGAGACCUUGGAAGAUGUCUCCGAGGUGGUUUUCUUCCUUCUGGGUGCAUUGACCAUUGUUGAGAUCAUGGAUGCGCACAAAGGCUUUGACAUUAUCACAAAAGCCAUUCAAGCCAAGAGCCAGAAGGAGUUGUUGAUCAUCAUUGGUGUCCUGACCUUCGUGCUUUCCUCCGUCCUUAACAACCUGACAGUUGUCAUUGUCAUGAUCUCUUUGCUCCAGAAGCUGGUGAAGGACGAAGAUUUCCGCAUGAAGUUGGGUGGCCUUGUGGUGGUCGCCUCCAACGCCGGUGGAGCCUGGAGCUAUGAGUAUCUUCAAAUGGAAGACAAACCCUUUGACCGAGACCCUUCUUCCGCACAGGAUGAUGAAGUUCCCAACGGCCAGGCAGUUGUGUUUUGGGGUGGUCUUUUCGGCAUGAUUACGGUCCCUGUCUUUACUGCAAUCACGCAAUGCCCUGCCUGGAGUGGGAUGAUGCUUGUCCUUGGUCUGCUCGGCUUGAUCACCUCCUUGCUCCACGGCCCAGAGGAUGAGAAAUAUUCCUUGAAGGGAGCACUCACUCGAGUCGAGGUUCCAGAUGCCCUUUUUUUCCUUGGCGUCCUGUUCGCGGUUGGUGGCCUUGAGCGAGUGGGCCUGCUGAAGGAAUUUGCGGUGCAGCUGAGUACGUAUGUGCCUUACGAUGCGUUGGUGGCCAUUUUCCUUGGGUUCGCAUCUGCAAUUGUUGACAACGUGCCUUUGGUGGCUGCUGCUCAGGGGAUGUAUGAUCUCGAAGCACAUCCUGCAAACGAUGGCCUUUGGAAUUUGAUCACGUACUGCGCUGCCACUGGCGGAUCUCUUCUGGUCAUUGGAUCUGCAGCAGGCCUUUUGUUGGCUGCCAAUAAUUUCUAUGUCUAUUUGCUCUUUCUAGUCUUCUCCCUUGGUACCUUAUAUAAUCAGUGA